AUGAAAAGUAUCGAAAAGAUAUCGAAAAGUAUCGAAAAGAUAUCGAAAAGUAUCGAAAAGAUAUCGAAAAGUAUCGAAAAGUAUCGAAAAGAUAUCGAAAAGUAUCGAAAAGAUCGAAGAAAAGAUAUCGAAAAGUAUCGUUAUAUCGAUAAGUAUCGAUAUAUCGAAAAGUAUCGAUAUAUCGAUAAUACCGAUACAUCGAUAAGUACCGAUAUAUCGAAAAGUAUCGAAAAGAUAUCGAUAAGUACCGAAAAGAUAUCGAUAAGUACCGAAAAGAUAUCGAAAAGUAUCGAUAUAUAUCGAAAAGUAUCUAUAUAUAAGGAAAAGUAUCGAUAUAUAAGCAAAAAUAUCGAAAAGUACCGAAAAGAUAUCCAAAAGUACCGAAAAGAUAUCGAAAAGUACCGAAAAGGUAUCGAAAAGUACCGAAAAUAUAUCGAAAAGUAUCGAAAAGAUAUCGAAAAGUAUCGAAAAGAUAUCGAAAAGUAUCGAAAAGAUAUCGAAAAGUAUCGAGAAGAUAUCAAAAAGUAUCGAUAUAUCGAUAAGUAUCGAAAAGAUAUCGAAAAGUAUCGAUAUAUCGAUAAGUAUCGAUAUAUCGAAAAGUAUCGAUAUAUCGAAAAGUAUCGAUAUAACGAAAAGUAUCGAUAUAUCGAAAAUAUCGAAAAGAUAUCGAAAAGUAUCGAAAAGUAUCGAAAAGAUAUCGAAAAGUAUCGAAAAGAUCGAAGAAAAGAUAUCGAAAAAAAAGAUAUCGAAAAGUACCGAAAAUAUAUCGAAAAGUACCGGAAAGAUAUCGAAAAGUACCGAAAAGAUAUCGAAAAGUACAGAAAAGAUAUCGAAAGGUACCGGAAAGAUAUCGAAAAGUACCGAAAAUAUAUCGAAAAGUACCGAAAAGAUAUCGAAAAGUACCGAAAAGAUAUCGAAAAGUACCGAAAAGAUAUCGACAAGUACCGAAAAGAUAUCGACAAGUACCGAAAAGAUAUCGACAAGUACCGAAAAGAUAUCGAAAAGUAUCGAAAAGAUAUCGAAAAGUAUCGAAAAGAUAUCGAAAAGUAUCGUAAAGAUAUCGAAAAGUAUCGAAAAGAUAUCGAAAAGUAUCGAUAUAUCAAUAAGUAUCGAUAUAUCGAUAAGUAUCCAUAUAUCAAUAAGUAUCCAUAUAUCGAUAUAUCGAUAAAUAUCGAAAAGUGCCGAAAAGAUAUCCAAAAGUACCGAAAAGAUAUCCAAAAGUACCGAAAAGAUAUCGAAAAGUACCGAAAAGAUAUCGAAAAGUACCGAAAAGAUAUCGAAAAGUACCGAAAAGAUAUCGAAAAGUAUCGAAAAGAUAUCGAAAAGUAUCGAAAAGAUAUCGAAAAGUAUCGAAAAGAUAUCGAAAAGUAUCUAUAUAUAAUGAAAAAUAUCGAUAAGUAUCGAAAAGAUAUAGAUAAGUAUCGAAAAGAUAUCGAUAAGUAUCGAAAAGAUAUCGAAAAGUAUCGAAAAGACAUCGAAAAGUAUCGAAAAGAUAUCGAAAAGAUAUCGAAAAGUAUCGAAAAGAUAUCGAAAAGUAUCUAUAUAUAUCGAAAAGUAUCUAUAUAUAUCGAAAAGUAUCUAUAUAUAUCGAAAAUAUCGAUAUAUAAGUACCGAAAAGAUAUCGAAAAGUACCGAAAAGAUAUCGAAAAGUACCGAAAAGAUAUCGAAAAGUACCGGAAAGAUAUCGAAAAGUACCGAAAAGAUAUCGAAAAGUACCGAAAAGGUAUCGAAAAGUACCGAAAAGAUAUCGAAAAGUACCGAAAAGAUUUCGAAAAGUACCGAAAAGAUAUCGAAAAGUACCGAAAAGAUAUCGAAAAGUACCGAAAAGAUAUCGACAAGUACCGAAAAGAUAUCGACAAGUACCGAAAAGAUAUCGACAAGUACCGAAAAGAUAUCGAAAAGUAUCGAAAAGAUAUCGAAAAGUAUCGAAAAGAUAUCGAAAAGUAUCAUAUCGAAAAGUAUCGAAAAGAUAUCGAAAAGUAUCGAAAAGAUAUCGAAAAGUAUCAUAAAGAUCGAAAAGUAUCGAAAAGAUAUCGAAAAGUAUCGAUAUAUCGAAAAAAUCGAUAUAUCGUAAAGUAUCGAUAUAUCGAAAAGUACCGAUAUAUCGAAAAGUACCGAAAAGAUAUCGAAAAGUAUCGAAAAGAUAUCGAAAAGUACCGAAAAGAUAUCGAAAAGUACCGAAAAGAUAUCCAAAAGUACCGAAAAGAUAUCGAAAAGUACCGAAAAGAUAUCGAAAAGUACCGAAAAGAUAUCGAAAAGUACCGAAAAAUUUUCGAAAAGUAUCGAAAAGAUAUCGAUAAGUAUCGAAAAGAUAUCGAUAAGUAUUUAUAUAUAAUGAAAAUAUCGAUAUAUAAUGAAAAGUAUCGAAAAGAUAUCGAUAAGUAUCGAAAAGAUAUCGAUAAGUAUCGAAAAGAUAUCGACAAGUAUCGAAAAGUUAUCGAUAAGUAUCGAAAUUUUAUAGAUAAGUAUCGAAAAGAUAUCGAAAAGUAUCGAAAAGAUAUCGAAAAGUAUCGAAAAGACAUCGAAAAGUAUCGAAAAGAUAUCGAAAAGAUAUCGAAAAGUAUCGAAAAGAUAUCGAAAAGUAUCGAAAAGAUAUCGAAAAGUACCGAAAAAAUAUCGAAAAGUAUCGAUAUAUCGAAAAUAUCGAAAAGAUAUCGAAAAGUAUCGAAAAGAUAUCAAAAAGUAUCGAAAAGAUAUCGAAAAUACCGAUAUAUCGAAAAGUACCGAAAAGAUAUCGAAAAGUAUCGAAAAGAUAUCGAAAAGUGCCGAAAAGAUAUCCAAAAGUACCGAAAAGAUAUCCAAAAGUACCGAAAAGAUAUCGAAAAGUACCGAAAAGAUAUCGAAAAGUACCGAAAAGAUAUCGAAAAGUACCGAAAAGAUAUCGAAAAGUAUCGAAAAGAUAUCGAAAAUAUCGAUAUAUUAUGUGAAAAGUAUCGAAAAGAUAUCGAUAAGUAUCGAAAAGAUAUCGAUAAGUAUCGAAAAGAUAUCGAUAAGUAUCGAAAAGAUAUAGAUAAGUUUCGAAAAGAUAUCGAAAAGUAUCGAAAAGACAUCGAAAAGUAUCGAAAAGUUAUCGAAAAGUAUCGAAAAGAUAUCGAAAAGUAUCGAAAAGUUAUCGAAAAGUAUCGAAAAGAUAUCGAAAAGUAUCGAAAAGAUAUCGAAAAGUAUCGAAAAGAUAUCGAAAAGUAUCGAAAAGAUAUCGAAAAGUAUCUAUAUAUAUCGAAAAUAUCGAUAUAUAAGUACCGAAAAGAUAUCGAAAAGUACCGAAAAGAUAUCGAAAAGUACCGAAAAGAUAUCGAAAAGUUACGAAAAGAUAUCGAAAAGUAUCGAAAAGAUAUCGAAAAGUAUCGAAAAGAUAUCAAAAAGUAUCGAUAUAUCGAUAAAAAAGGUAUCGAAAAGUACCGAAAAGAUAUCGAAAAGUACCGGAAAGAUAUCGAAAAGUACCGAAAAGAUAUCGAAAAGUACCGAAAAGAUAUCGAAAAGUACCGAAAAGAUAUCGAAAAGUAUCGAAAAGAUAUCGAAAAGUAUCGAAAAGAUAUCGAAAAGUAUCGAAAUGAUAUCGAAAAGUAUCGAAAAGUAUCGAUAUAUCGUAAAGAAUCGAUAUAUCGUAAAGUAUCGAUAUAUCGAAAAGUACCGAUAUAUCGAAAAGUACAGAAAAGAUAUCGAAAAGAUAUCGAAAAGUACCGAAAAGAUAUCGAAAAGUACCGAAAAGAUAUCCAAAAGUACCGAAAAGAUAUCGAAAAGUACCGAAAAGAUAUCGAAAAGUACCGAAAAGAUAUCGAAAAGUACCGAAAAAUUUUCGAAAAGUAUCGAAAAGACAUCGAAAAGUAUCGAAAAGAUAUCGAAAAGAUAUCGAAAAGUAUCGAAAAGAUAUCGAAAAGUAUCGAAAAGAUAUCGAAAAUAUCGAUAUAUAAUGAAAAGUAUCGAAAAGAUAUCGAAAAGUAUCGAAAAGAUAUCAAAAAGUAUCGAACAGAUAUCGAAAAGUAUCGAAAAGAUAUCGAAAAGUAUCGAUAUAUCGAUAAGUAUCGAUAUAUCGAUAAGUAUCGACAUAUCGAUAAUACCGAUAUAUCGAUAAGUACCGAUAUAUCGAAAAGUACGGAAAAGAUAUCGAAAAGUAUCGAAAAGAUAUCGAAAAGUAUCGAAAAGAUAUCGAAAAGUAGCGAAAUAAUAUCGAAAAGUAUCGAAAAGAUAUCGAAAAGUAUCGAAAAGAUAUCGAAAAAUAUCGAUAAGUAUCGAAAAGAUAUCGAUAAGUAUCGAAAAGAUAUCGAUAAGUAUCGAAAAGAUAUCGAUAAGUAUCGAAAAGAUAUAGAUAAGUUUCGAAAAGAUAUCGAAAAGUAUCGAAAAGACAUCGAAAAGUAUCGAAAAGUUAUCGAAAAGUAUCGAAAAGAUAUCGAAAAGUAUCGAAAAGUUAUCGAAAAGUAUCGAAAAGAUAUCGAAAAGUAUCGAAAAGAUAUCGAAAAGUAUCGAAAAGAUAUCGAAAAGUAUCGAAAAGAUAUCGAAAAGUAUCUAUAUAUAUCGAAAAUAUCGAUAUAUAAGUACCGAAAAGAUAUCGAAAAGUACCGAAAAGAUAUCGAAAAGUACCGAAAAGAUAUCGAAAAGUAUCGAAAAGAUAUCGAAAAGUAUCGAAAAGAUAUCGAAAAGUAUCGAAAAGAUAUCAAAAAUAUCGAAAAGAUAUCGAAAAGUAUCGAAAAGAUCGAAAAGUAUCGAAAAGAUAUCGCAAAGUAUCGAUAUAUCGAAAAGUAUCGAUACAUCGAAAAGUAUCGAAAAGAUAUCGAAAAGUAUCGAUAUAUCGAAAAUAUCGAAAAGAUAUCGAAAAGUAUCGAAAAGAUCGAAAAGUAUCGAAAAGAUAUCGCAAAGUAUCGAUAUAUCGAUAAGUAUCGAUGUAUCGAAAAGUAUCGAUAUAUCGAUAAGUAUCGAAAAUAUCGAAAAGAUAUCGAAAAGUAUCGAAAAGAUAUCGAAAAGUAUCGAAAAGAUAUCGAAAAGUAUCGAAAAGUAUCGAAAAGAUAUCGAAAAGUAUCGAAAAGAUCGAAGAAAAGAUAUCGAAAAAAUCGAUAUAUCGUAAAGUAUCGAUAUAUCGAAAAGUACCGAUAUAUCGAAAAGUACCGAAAAGAUAUCGAAAAGUAUCGAAAAGAUAUCGAAAAGUACCGAAAAGAUAUCGAAAAGUACCGAAAAGAUAUCCAAAAGUACCGAAAAGAUAUCGAAAAGUACCGAAAAGAUAUCGAAAAGUACCGAAAAGAUAUCGAAAAGUACCGAAAAAUUUUCGAAAAGUAUCGAAAAGAUAUCGAUAAGUAUCGAAAAGAUAUCGAUAAGUAUUUAUAUAUAAUGAAAAUAUCGAUAUAUAAUGAAAAGUAUCGAAAAGAUAUCGAUAAGUAUCGAAAAGAUAUCGAUAAGUAUCGAAAAGAUAUCGAUAAGUAUCGAAAUUUUAUAGAUAAGUAUCGAAAAGAUAUCGAAAAGUAUCGAAAAGAUAUCGAAAAGUAUCGAAAAGACAUCGAAAAGUAUCGAAAAGAUAUCGAAAAGAUAUCGAAAAGUAUCGAAAAGAUAUCGAAAAGUAUCGAAAAGAUAUCGAAAAGUACCGAAAAAUAUCGAAAAGUAUCGAUAUAUCGAAAAUACCGAAAAGAUAUCGAAAAGUACCGAAAAGAUAUCGAAAAGUACCGAGAAGAUAUCGAAAAGUACCGAAAAGAUAUCGAAAAGUAUCGAAAAGAUAUCGAAAAGUAUCGAAAAGAUAUCGAAUAG